AUGGCCACAUGCAGCAUGGAUGGUCGAGAGCUGUGCUCUAGGCAGCCCCCUCAAUUUCAGGCUCCCCGUACCCUGGGCUCCUGCCAGUCAGACAAGGAGAGCAUGAUAAUAGACAUAUGCACUUGUGAGACCAAAUUUGGGGUUGUGUGUGAAGGAACUAAAUUUCAUAGGGAGAAUCACUGCAAGGACAACCUCAAGAGCCUUACUCCAGGGGCACCGCCCAUUUAUGUCAUGGACAAUGUGGUCUGCUCCCGAUCUCCAACCACCCUGACCAUUGAGUCCCAGCAGGAUGGGAUGAGUCAGGGUGUGACAAGUCAGAAUAUUAACACCAAGACCUCAUGGGGUAGAGCCAGCAGUGCCAGCUACAGAAAAUCCUCUGAUAAGAACCUGUCCAUCGGCACCUACUACUACCCUGGGGCCACUUAUAAGACAUUGCCCAUGGCUCUGGUGGACAAGGGGUCUAAUUAUACCAAGUAUUCCCUCACUGACUCAAGUGAAAACCAUACAAUGACCAACCACUUUGAAUCAUUCCGAGGACCCUGUUCUGAACUGGCCUCAGGAGCUGAUUUCCAAGAGCGUUCCCCUGCCCACAUGACCUCCUGCCAUACAACAGACCUCUACAAAAGCCUGGCUGCUGUGGUGAUAGACACAGGAACAGGUUAUAGCAAGUGUGGUCUGGCAGGCGAGGAUCAUACACGCGUCAUAGUACCUACUCGGGUGGGGAUACACCGAAACCCCAAAGGGGACACAACACCCUACUACAUCACAGAGGACAUAGAGGCAGCUUGCUCUAUGUUGAUCCGUGGUGUGGUUACUGACUGGGAUGCCCUUGAAGCCCUCUGGAGCCAUAUCUUUUACAGCAAAUUAUGCGUGGCACCUGAAGAACUGGCUGUACUGGUAGCUGAUUCACCAGUCUCUCCCUGUACCAAUCGUGAGAAGGUCGUUGAGCUCCUAUUUGAAGGCUUUGGGGUGCCUGCCAUGCAAACUGUCCAUCAGGCAUUACUCACCCUCUAUGCCUAUGGUCGCAUCACAGGACUGGUCAUAGGUAGUGGGCAUGGCACUUCCUAUGCGGCUCCCAUCAUCACAGGCGAAUUGGCACCACUGAACGUCUACCGUCUGGAUGUGGCUGGGAAAGAUCUCUCCGAAUACCUCUCCCAGCUGCUUUUGGCUGGUGGGCAGCCACCACCCAAGGCUGAGGUGCUAACUCACAUGAAGGAGACCUGCUGUUAUGUGACCCUUGACAUGGUCUCUGAACUCUGCCAAAUAGAGGACAAGUCUCGGCUUGACUUUGUACUCCCAGACAAGCACGUUCUCUCCCUUGGGGCUGAACGGUUCUGCUGCCCUGAGGUCUUGUUUAAACCGGACAUCUUGGGCCUCGAUCAGCCCAGUCUACCGCAGCUGGCCCAGAUUAGCAUUAGCCAGCUGGAGCCACACUUGCAGGAACAACUGUUGGCUAAUGUGGUUCUGGAAGGUGGGACCACCCUGCUGAAUGGCUUCUCUGAGAGGGUCCAGCAGGAUCUGGGGCCCACAGCCACAGUCUUAUCCUUGCCUCACCGUGCCAUGGCUGCCUGGUUAGGUGGCUCCAUCAUCGCCUCCCUUGAUUCCUUCCAGACUCUGUGGUUGAGCCGUGGGGAAUACCAGGAAGAGGGCCCGUGGGCCAUCUAUAAGUACCACCUGUGA